CCUCCACGUCAAACACUAAACGGGGCGCACAAACGAGUGGACCCUGCCUUCUCGUUGACAUACUGUUGGUGACCAACGUCAACAAAGAACAACGGGUGAUUAUUUUUGUUCUUCUUCUUCCACGAGCCACACAACGCUCUUCAAGGUCCGAGAAGAUAUGGAAGCUGGUCUCAGUCAGGAGAAGGUUGCCACCUUUCUAAAGCGCCUGCAGGCUGAGCCCCGCUACCUGUUAGCCCAGAAUGUGUCAACCUGCAUCGACCCGCUGGAGGUUUGCCUACACCGGCAGACUGUCCAGGAUACGGUACACAUCUUUCAGCAUGCUAUCCCCACAGAGGGCAAGCCUGUCACUAACCAAAAAAACUCAGGAAGAUGUUGGAUCUUUUCAUGUCUGAAUGUCAUGCGACUUCCCUUCAUGAAGAAGUUUAACAUAGAGGAGUUUGAGUUUAGUCAGUCCUAUCUCUUUUUCUGGGAUAAGAUUGAGCGGUGUUACUUCUUCCUCUAUGCCUAUGUGGAGACGGCACAGAGGAAGGAGCCAAUGGACGGACGCCUGCUACAAUUCCUUCUUUCCAAUCCAGCCAAUGAUGGAGGACAGUGGGAUAUGUUGGUCAAUCUCAUUGAAAAAUAUGGUGUCAUGCCAAAGAAAUGCUUCCCAGAGGCACACAGCUCCGAGGCCUCGCGCAGAAUGAAUGGCAUUCUGAAUCACAAGCUGAGAGAAUACUGCUUCAAACUGAGGAACAUGGUGGAGAGUGACGCAACUCAAUCCGAAAUCUCCGACGUCAUUGACACCAUGAUAGAGGAGGUGUUCCGGGUGGUUAGCGUUUGUCUCGGCAGCCCGCCUGAGACCUUCUGUUGGGAGUACAGGGACAAGGAUAAAAACUUCCAUUGCGUGGGACCCAUCACCCCCCAGGAGUUUUACAGGGUGCAUGUCAAACCCCAAUACAACAUGCAGGAAAAAAUCUGCCUUGUGAAUGACCCUCGACCACAAAACCCAUACGGGAAGCUUUACAGUGUGGAGUACCUAGGUAACAUGGUUGAAGGUCGCCAGACGCUCUACAAUAAUCAACCAAUCCAGCUUCUAAAAAAAGCUGCAGCAGACUCCAUAAAGGAGGGAGAAGCUGUGUGGUUUGGCUGUGACGUUGACAAACAUUUCCACUGCAAGCUGGGCAUUAACGACGUGAAUGUCUUCAACCAUGAGCUGGUGUUUGGAGUUUCAGUGAAGAACCUCACUAAGGCACAGCGCCUGGUAUGUGGAGACUCUCUCAUGACCCACGCCAUGAUCCUCACUGCUGUUACGGACAAGGAUGGAAAAGAGGGCUAUAAAAAGUGGAGAGUGGAAAAUUCCUGGGGAGAUGACCGUGGGAACAAAGGUUACCUUAUCAUGACAGAUGAGUGGUUCUCAGAGUAUGUGUACGAAGUAGUGGUAGACAAGAAGUUCCUCUCUCCUGAUGUGCUGGAGGUAAUGAUUCAAGAGCCUGUUUUACUUCCUGCCUGGGACCCGAUGGGCUCUCUGGCCUAAGUGUGGACACCCAUGUUUUUAACCUCGACCUCUCCACCCUCUUGCUCCUCUGCUUUUACCUCAGAUGUAUUGGAUAUAUAACGUCUACACACCCCUGUUCAAAUGCCAGGUUUUAUCAUUCAAAAUUGCUGUGACCAAGAUAAAGCAUUUUAACUUUUUCCACUAUUGUGACCUAUAACCUGUAAAACCCAAUUGUGUAAAAAAAAAAAUAAUAAUAAAAAAAUAAAAAAAAAUUAAUAAUAAAUCUUUUAAAUAACUGAGCUAAUGUGGUCGCACAAGUCUGCACACCCUCAUAUAGUAAAUGGGGAUGUGGCUUGCUUCAGAAUUAACCAAUCACACUCAGACAUUUAAAGUUCCUCUCAUUAACGCCAAAUAAAAUUCCACUGUUGUAUCAGAUUUUCAUUUUUGCUUUUUAGCAGAAGCCUGAAGGUUUUGUGCUAACUCUGACUUUAUUAUGGAUUUGAAACCGUUAAUAAAUCCCUCCACUGUGCCUAAGGCCUCAUUUAAUAAAUCCCUCCACCUUGACUAAGGCCCCAGUUCCAACUGAAGAAAAACUGCCCCAAACCAUGAGGCUGUCACCAAUAUGAUUCACUGUCAUUAUGGUGUUCUUUUGGUAAGGAGGAGUGUUGUUUGUGCCAAACAUUGCCAAAAAGUUCAACCUUGAUUUCAUUGGACCAUAACUUGGAUUUGUGAGAUUUGAAGUUUUUCUUUUAGCGAAAUGCCACCGGCCCUGGAUUUAUUUAUUUAUUUUUUGUAACCACCCUACCCCAUAACCCAGCUAUAUGAAGAAGAUGGAAGAUUAUCACAUGCACUGAAUUGCCAGUACAUGCCAGAAAUUUCUGGAGCUCCGUCAAUGCAGCUGCUGGCCUCUUGGCAGCCUCCCUGACAAGAUUUCUUCGCUUCCUUUCAUAAAUUUUGGCGGGACGUCCUUAUCUCGGUAAUGUCGCUUGUGCCAUAUUUUCUCCACUUGAGUGUCCUCACUGUAUUUCAUGGUAUAUUUAAUGCUUUGGAAAUUAUUUUUAACCAUUUCUGACUGAUAUCUUUGAACAAUGAGAUCCCUGUCUUGCUGUGGAAUCUCUCUGUGGACCAUGUGCAGUAAGACGUGACUAAAAAUGUAAGGAAAAGUCUUUUAGAACAUCUGAAGUUAUCUGGGGUUAAUCAGAGGCACUUAAAUUACAAUUUUUAAUUUGCUGAGCCCCAUUUAACAUGAGUUUGAAAGCGAUUUGUUAAUUCUGACCACAGGAACAUCCCCAGUUAUGAGGUUGUGAACACUUGUGCAACCACAGUAUUUCAGUUGUUGAUUUUUACUGUCCCGCUUUAAAAUGUUUGAGUAUUAUUUUUAGAAUUAUUUUUUUUUUAAAUUGUUUUUUUUUUUAAGGCUGAAAAAUGUUUUUAAAUGAUUUAUCUUGGUCUAAUUGUUUUUGUAUCACAAAAACAUAGGGCCUUAUUUAUGAAGCGAGCGUACAAACAUUCUCGCGCAAAGUAUGUGAUUUAUCAAGUUGUACUUGUGCGUGGGGACAUGCGUAAAUUUAUGCAUAUUGCUGACCAUGUGUGUAAACAAAAUCUUGUGGUACAAUAGUGAAACUACAAAAAUAAGGCACUAAGAGGGUCACCAAAGCCAUUCAAGUGCACAUCCAGCUCCUGUCCCUGGAAUUUUUGGCCACUGGGACAUUUUAGAUUAGAGACAUGCGGCAUUUUGCAACCAACACUAAGUCAAAACAUGCCGUGCCAGUUCCCAUACAGAGAUCACCAAUAAAAUGAAGUUAAGCAUGGGUUUCCCCAAACAUGGAGCAGGUUGCACCCACAAUUCAUUUAAAGUACCAUCCCACAAUGAAUUCAGCUAAUGGGAAAGGAUUUCAUUCAAUCAAUGCACAAAUAAUCUAUGAUCCACAUCGCCUGAAGGAAUGCAUGAUUCAUUCAUUCAUUCUACAGAAUAGCUCUCUUGGAUGUGCGCCUCCAAGAAGGGGCUGUCGAGCCUGUUGAGGAUGGCUGAUUCUGGGCAUUGAAUCGAUCGCGUCUGAUGAAGCCUAGUCAGAUGAGAGGCAAAAUGUCUUCCAUGACAACCAGAACAAUCCAGUUGCGAUCGAUAGGACUGUCGUGAUCAUUUCAAUAUGGAUUUAUAGUUCGAUAAAUAAAAUGGACACAAUCGUUUUUGGUUUUUUUCCGGACUUGAUAAAUUCUCACUGUUGUGGUGACAUGAGCCAACGACACGCUGGGCAGCUCCACUGCGAAGUGGCUUGCUAUUAGCGGCUAGGCUAGUUCGUAUUUGCCGCUAAUAGGCUCUCAAGCGCGUCGAGGUCAUUUAAAACGUCAGUAGGCACUUGGAGUUGUUGUGCGUGUUAGUCCCCAGUUAAUAUAUACACAGGACUGUUAACUGUUUAUCAACCAUAACUGGAACUGUUUAUCAGCCAUAACCGCAGUAGUUGACUACAGUGAACGUAUUUGAUUGACACGUGAAGGGCUUGUCUCCAUCGCCUUCAGUGGACACGCCCACACAGUCCCCCAGCUCGAAGGUGGCCCUUAUUUUUCAUGAUUUCAGAGCCUUAUUUGGGAUUGUAUUUUUUUAUUUAUUUUAUUUUUAUUUAUUUUUUUAUUCAAAUUUGGCAGGCUUUUUAAAAACACUUCUAUGUGUUGUAUCAAAUUUACAAGCCUUUUUUGGGGGGGGGGGGUCCUAUUUAUCGGGUAAAUAACCCUCUGUAGCUCUGUGCCAAAUGUUUAAGUGCAAUUUUUGUGAAGAGAGCCUGAGUCUUUAUUUACUGUUAUGAGAGAACAUUAUGCGGUUGUGCUCAUAUGUUUAAUUACCAUAGCAGAAUUUAUAAUAUGCAUACAAUUCUUUAUUAUGCUUUAAUAUCAUUAUAUCAGUGGUAUUAAAAAACAUCAACAAUUCUAUCGUUUAUCAUGGAAGUUUAUGGGAAAAUAUAUUCUAAAAUAUUUGCUAUGGUCGCAGGCCUAAACUCAUAAUAUAUUGAGUGCAAGAGCAAUGGAUAAGAAUAAUAUCGUACAAAUAGUGUAAAAGAGAGUAAGAACUGCAAUAAAAAUCUGCAAUAUAGCGGGACCGCGAAGUAAAAACCUAAAAAACAAAUAUAUCGGAAGAUUACGAUAUCUGUAGUCAGUUAAGAUAAAUUGCAGGGACUCAUUGUUCCAUGGCAGGACAUGUGCAAGCAUGGCAGUUUAGAACAGGUGCGUUGUAUCAAGACACAUUACUUACUGUUGUGCGUAGGACGUGUCCGCACAUUUGAUAAAUAGAUGUUUUAGUAAUUAUACACAUUUUAAAUGUCAGUCCUACGAGGGAAUUUAGAAUAUUUUCUACGCAAGCUUGAUAAUUGAAGGCCCUGGCAUUUAAACAGCGGUGUGUAGACUUUUUAUAUCCACUGUAUAUCCUUCACAUUUGAAAACAUGCCAGUGUUCUAGAUAAAAAAAUAAAUAUUUCAGUUUUUAACAGA